AGAUCAUGGCCCGCGCAGCCUUUCGCCUCUGUUGACCGCGCAGCAUUUCAUUUGUAUGGGGCAUUUAUGAAGCAGAGAGCGCCAAAUUGUGUAGGUGCUAAUGUGAAGUUUAGCCGUUUUCGCCUCCCAGUGUUUUGCAGAAAAAUUUUCCGGUGAAGAGGGGGGGGCUUUUCCGAUCCAUGGCUUUAAAUGGAUAUCCAUCUCAAAGUCUAACCAGUUUCUGUUUUCAUGCAAGUUUUUCGCUAGUAUGCACGAUUUUCAAAAAGGAAACGCAUUAACAUUUUACAAAGCGGAAGCGGCCGC